CUCGACACAACCACCUCAGCCAGCCCAUCGUCCGCUCCACUAUAAUGCUCGCCGCCUGCGCCUGGAGGCUGUCGCAGCGAGCCGUCACCUUCCUUCCCCCUCGCGUGCGUUCCCAAAUCCUAAACCCUUCCUCCAUGGCCGCCGCCGCCGGCGCCUCCUCGCCCAAGCGUCUGAGGGUCUACUCCUCAGCCGCCGCCGACGGCUCCUUCAACGGCGCCGGGAACGGCAAGCGCGUGGGGACCCACAACGGCAGCUUCCACUGCGACGAGGCGCUCGGCUGCUUCCUCAUCCGCCUCACCUCCCAGUUCGCAGGCGCCGACGUCGUCCGCACCCGCGACUCCCAGCUCCUCGAUUCGCUGGAGGCUGUGCUUGAUGUUGGUGGUGUCUAUGAUCCCAGCCGGCAUCGCUACGACCAUCACCAGAAGGGCUUCAGCGAGGUCUUUGGGCAUGGCUUUAACACGAAGCUUAGCAGUGCUGGGCUUGUUUACAUGCAUUUUGGCAAAGAGAUAAUUGCAAAGGAGCUUCAGCUUAAUGAGGACCAUGAAGAUGUUCACCGGGUGUAUCUUGCUAUAUACAAAAGCUUUGUUGAGGCGCUUGACGCAAUUGAUAAUGGAAUCAAUCAAUAUGACACAGAGCAAACCCCCAAGUAUGUGAACAAUACACACUUGUCUUCACGUGUUGGGCGCCUUAAUCCAGACUGGACUGAUCCGGAUCAAUCACCUGAGAAGGAAAAUGCUGCAUUUCAACAAGCAAUGGUGCUUGCAGGAAGUGAAUUUAUGGAGAGUGUUCGCUUUCAUGUCAAGUCGUGGCUACCUGCAAGAUCUAUUGUCAUGGAGUGUUUGCUGUCAAGAGGAAAUGUUGAUCCAAGUGGAGAAAUCAUGGUCUUAGAUAGAUUCUGCCCGUGGAAACUUCAUUUAUUUGAGCUGGAGCAGGAGCUGAAGACUGAUCCUCUGACCAAGUAUGUGCUGUAUCAGGAUGAGAGGAGCAAAAGCUGGCGAGUGCAAGCUGUCUCUGUGGCCCCCGACAGAUUCGAGAGCCGGAAGGCUCUCCCAGAGAAGUGGAGGGGCAUGAGAGACGAUGAACUUUCCAAGGAAACUGGCAUCCCUGGCUGUGUGUUCAUCCAUAUGAGUGGCUUCAUUGGUGGGAACAAGACCUACGAGGGGGCGUUGGAAAUGGCAAGAGCUGCGAUCAAAUGCUAAUUUACAAGAGCACCAGGCAGUAAAGCAGUCUCACCUACUCUCACCAAUUUUUACCAUUGACUUGAUUGGCAUUUGAGUAUGUACGUUCUGUUGCGUAAAAUCAACCUGAUAGAAGAGAUGAGUUAUCUGUAUGAGGCUGAACAAGAAGAGUAACAUUUGAUAAAAGAUUGAUGGAACUGAUUAA